AUGACUAACAAGAAGCAAAGAACACAGCGUGAUCAGAUUAAAUUAUUCGCUUAUCAUAUCAAGAAAACUUCCCAUAUCUUUCAAUUGUUAUUUGUUUACGUUCACAUAGCAACCAUUGAAUAUUUGAAAAGGUGAGUUUUCUCUUUAUUUUUCCUAAUUAUAAUAAACUUUGUGACUUAAAAUUUCUUCCUAGAUAGACACAUUUAAGCCGGAAAUUCGUCGACCAAAGUUCAGAAAAAAUCGAAAAAAAACAAAACAUUUUAUUUUACGCACGUUGUGUGCAAACACGCUCACGUCUAAUUGCACCUUUUAUUUUUUAUUUUUUUCGGAUGAAAAUGAUAAAAGCCUAAAUUUAGAACUUCCAUGAUAAAUUUGACAUCUACUGCUUCCUAGAAUCACUUACGAGAUGUUUCGUCAAUCAUUUUUAUCUAACAGGAGUCUUCUCGUUCCAUCGACUUCAUCAAACUGUGUGAUUAAACCGAAGAAAAUGAGUUCGAAAUAUGAAGAAGCUGUGCGUUUGUUAAACGGGUUACAAUCAAAUGCAGCUACAAUCAAGAAAAUGCGGGAACAACGGGAUUUUCUUCAAACUACAAAUCUUCCAAUUUGCCGAAAAUAUUUGGAAACUUUGAAUAUUUCAAGAAAUCAAAUUGACAAUCUCAAUAUUAUUCAUGUUAGUGGAACAAAAGGAAAAGGAAGUACUUGUGCAUUUGUUGAAAGAAUUUUGAGAGACGCUGGUUUCAAAACUGGACUUUAUACUUCUCCACAUUUAGUUCAUGUGAGAGAACGUAUUCGGCUGAAUGGAGAACCUGUGAAUGAAGAAUUAUUUUCUACCGAAUUUUUCAAAGUCUAUAGCGAACUCAAACAAUAUCACGAAACAAAUAUGCCGGCUUAUUUCAAGUUUUUGACUCUUAUGGCUUUCCAAAUAUUCACUUCACAAAAAGUCGAUGUCGCUAUUUUCGAAGUUGGAAUUGGGGGAGAAUAUGAUUGCACAAAUGUCAUUGAUAAUCCAAUUGUUUGUGGAAUAACAACAUUAGAUUAUGAUCAUAUAAGUAUUCUUGGAUCAAAAUUAUCAGAAAUUGCGUGGCAUAAAUCUGGGAUUUUCAAAAAUAAUGUUCCUGCUUUUUAUACACCAACAACUGUGGAAGCUGAAGAGGUAAAUUUGAAACAAACUAGGUUUGCAGAAGUGCAGAAUUUUUAACUGUAAUUCACGUAUACAAUGUUUUCUAGAGCACUUUAUAAAAUUGUUUAAAAAUCCAAAUUUCGGUCAUUUUUAAAAAUAGAGCACUGUCAAAAUUAAUCGAUAUUAUUUCAGGUUAUAAAAUCUCGCGCUGUCGAGAAAAACGUUCCAUUGUAUUCAAUUCCACCAAUUUCUUCAUACACAUUUCCUCGAGAAAUAUCAACAGGAAUCUCCGGACGACAUCAACUUCUCAAUGUUUCUCUAGCUCUUCAACUCGUAAACGCUUGGUUUCGUCAAAAAGGCCAUUCUGAUUCUACAGCGAUUUUUGGAAAACCUUUCGAAGUUCCAACAAAAUUCUGCGAUUCAAUUGAAAAAUGUCAAUGGCCUGGAAGAAGUCAGAUAAUUGAGACAAAUCGAGGAAUCACUUAUUUAUUGGAUGGGGCACAUACACCAAAAAGUAUGGAAGCAUGUGCAGAAUGGGCAGAUAUGGAGAUGAAAAAAAUUGAGGAAGGAAAUAAAAAAUUGAGAAGAAUCUUAUUAUUUCAAUGUACCGCUGAUAGAUGUCCAACUACUCUGAUUCCGUUUCUGAAAGUAAGUGAUUUUUCUUUCGUAAAUGAUUCUCAAUAAAAAACUGUUUUUUUUUCCAGAAUCUCAAAAUGUCUCAAAUAAUAUCAUGUCCAACACAAUUAUAUCCAAGCCUUAAUCAAUCUUCUGAUUCAACAAAUCUCAAUACUUCGAGAAAUGAGCAACUUGAAAAAUCAAAAAUGUGCCUCGAAUCAUGGAAAAUAUCACAAGAAGAAAAUGUAGUGGAUGAUCAAAUGCGUGUUUUUGAUUGUAUUUCAAAUUCGAUUGAUUUCAUUGAAAAUUCCAAGAAUCCUGAUGAAAAUGUUAUUGUUUUAGUUACCGGAAGUUUACAUUUAGUUGGAGGAGUUAUUGGAUUAUUAGAAAAAAUCGGAAAAUAG